AUGGGCACCAUUCACUUCCUCUUUCAGCUCGGUUUCUUUCUCUUCUGUGAUCAUGGCUGCGCUCAAACACACCAGCCAUGUUUGCUAAUUUGAGACCCAAAGGUUAGCGAAUACCUGUUCACUAUUUACAUCGCCUGCACCAUCUUCAACCAUAUAUUUCUUCAGUCGGAGUGUCAGAGGCUUCAGUGCCUUUGAUAUCCAAGGAUAACAAGAUGGAAGCAAAUAAUCAUUUUAACUAUGGCCCACACUCGUCUGUGUCUGCAAACUCAGGACUGAAGCUUUCCUCAGGGGAUUCUCUCUAUACUAAUGGGUCCUCCAUGAACUUCCCCCAGCAAGGGAAAAAUAUAAACGGCGACAUGAAUGUGAAUGGCAUCACUACUGCAAUUGGGACCAGCCAAACUGGCCCCCACCCUCCCUCGUCAUCGUACCCACACAUGACCAACCACCACCACCAAGGCAGCAUGGCCUAUGACUACCUGUGGGGCCAGACCCAGUACAGCCCGGCCAUGUCGUCUGGGCCCACACACGCCAUGCACCAGAAGCAGGGCUCCCCUGGGGUCUUGCAGCAGAACCAGCACCACUUCCAGAGCCACGGACAGUAUCAGGUCAAUGGGGCCAUGGGUACCUCCCACCAGACCCCUGUUGGUGCUGCGCCUAACGUUAGCCUGGGGGCUGGCCAGUACUGGAACAGGCCAAACCCAACACAGCAACAGGGAGGUGCAUCCAUGGCAAUGGGCUACAACUCCCAUAGUGUGUAUGGAGGCUACCAGAGCCAGGUGCACCCAGGCUUGUCACCAGCCCAGCACCACCAGCAAUCACCUAUGACGCACCAAGGGCCUCCCACACACCACCAUCCUCACCAUCCACACCCCCACCACCCCCAUGCCCACCACCACCCGCAGCAGCAGCAGCACUAUGGCAUGGUGCCCAACGGGAUGCCGUACUACCAGCACCAGCCUCAGCAUCCACCCCAGCACCCACCACUGCCUUCACCUCAACCCCAGCAUCCGGCCCAGCAUCAGUCCUUACCUUCGCCCCAACCCCAACACCCGGCCCAGCAUCAGUCCUUACCUUCGCCCCAACCCCAACACCCACCCACGCACCAACAGCUGGCCUCACCUCAGCCACAACACCCACCCCAGCAUCAGACCUUACCCUCACCUCAGCACCAAACCCUUCCCUCUCCCCAGCACCCACCCCAGCACCAGCCUCUCUCAUCUCCCCAGCCCCAGCACGCCCCUCAGCCACAGUCUCAAAUGAUGCCCCCCACGUCCCAGAACUUCACCCCUCCCAGGGGGAGCCCUCAGCACCACCACAUUGGCCGUGGCGCCACAGGCAGCCCCCUCCCCAUGCAGGUACCCAUGAUGUCACCCUCGGCGAUACCUGAUGGUGGAUCCCCGCAGAGCCGGGACAGCCCUCUGGGAAGCAGUUUGCCACUGCCCUCAGUCAUGCAAGGGCGCCUCGGUGACGCAUAUAAAGAGGUGGACAAAGGCUACAAUGGGGUGGAGCGCUCAUCUGUUGCCCAGCGGCUUCCCAAAGCUGAUGGAUAUCCCACCAGGCCCUCAGCCCACCUCUUAGUGCCCACCAGUGACUACUGCCAGCGCGUGCCCCACGGGGGGAUGGACGUGGAGCCACUUCACAAGCAGCGCCAUGAUAUGGGAGGACCCAUGAGGGAGGCCAUGCACCCGGCUAUGUCUGCGCCUCCUCCACUUUUGUCUACACCUCCGCGUCAGGCUUCAUCAGGGCCUCCCGUAGUGUCUGUGCAUCACAUGACCGCCUCGGAACCCCCAUCCUCGUCGGCCGCCUCCGCGUCUGCACCUCCUCAGGUCGGGGCAAAGACGCCUCAUGGGAGCCCUGUGUCUGCUCCUGCCCCCAUGCUCUCCUCUCCUCCACUAAUGGUCCAAGGGUUGAGGCCCAUGCCUGGUGCCAUGUCGCCUUCCUCCCUGGGAGGGGGUCCGCCAGAGCUGAUGCCCACAGCCUCGUCAAUGUCAGGUCCUCCCCCUCUGAUGGGCCACGGCUCAAGGACGGCCCCAGUUCCUGCUCCUCCUCCCGCAGUGACCUCGCCCUCUCAAGUUGUGUCCACGUCACACCCGUCUGCUCCAGCCACGUCAGCACCUCCUCUAUGGACAAGUGCACCUCCUGUGUCAGCCUUCUUGCACUCUCAGAUGGCCUACGUACCUCCUCAGAUGGUCCAAGCCCCCAAACUUCAGGAGACGUCAAAGCCUCACUCCCCUGUGUCUUCACCCUCAAAGGUGGCCCAAACCCAUACAACAGGAGAGCUUUCCCCGGUUUCUGCACCUCCUGUGGUGGCUCCAGCUCUUCCCUCGGGGGUGUCUGCAGCCUCUUCGUCUCCCCCAGAGGCCCCUGCUUCAUCUCCGUUAUCCUCAUCACCUCAGAAGGCCCGUGCUCCUUCAUCCUCGAUGUUGUCGUCGUCUCAGACGGCUACGUCUCUUCCCGACGCUGUUUCCGGGCGAGCUCCUGCUGCUGGAGCACUCGUCACGGUGCCUCCCGCCACGACUCCCGUCUCGACACCGCCUCCCGCGGUCGCUGCUCCCCACCGCGCCGCCUCUGUGCCUCCUGCGGCGGCCUCCUCUCCCCCUGCGGUGAGUGCCGCCCCUCAGGCAGCCUCUGUGUCUCUUCCCACUUUCGGUGCACCUCCACCCGGAGCUGCUGCACCUCCCAAAGCGGUCUCGGCGCUCCCUCCCGUUUCUGCACCGACUCAGGCAGUCACUGCUCCUCCCGGGGGCUCCAUGCCGCCUCUUCCACCUCCUCAACCUGUCUCUGGACUGCCUGCUGUUUCCACGACCCCUCAGGCUGGGUCUGCUCCGAGUGUCUCGGUGCCGCCUCCGGCCUCUGAGGCCGCCUCCUCUCCUCCUCAGGCUGCUGGGCAAGCCUCACAAGGGUCAGACCAGCAGGACUCCAGUGACGCUGGUACAGACUUCUCUCACAAAGCUGCCAGCAAAAAAGAGGUCCGUGAUCCUCAAUUUGAAAAAGACGUCGCUGUCAACAACUCGUCAAAAUCGGACCCCACCCAGGCUCCACACUCCAGGAAGUCUCCUGCAGGCCCCAGCGAUGUCAGUACUGGGAUGUCGGGCCACAAAGCCAAUAGCCCAGCUAGGAACCUUUGGCCUGAGACAGGAAAGUCCCCUGCACCUGUUAAAGACCAGGACACCCCGAGGAAGACCGCUUCAUUUGAUGACACACUUGAUGAGUCUCUGGACUGCUCCUCCAUGGCUGAGUUGACCCACAUUGAAAGCUCUCGGGCUGAGGAUACCAGCAUCAUGGAGGGCACCUUUGACGACUCGAUGGCCGAUACCUCCUACACGGACGAGCCCUCCAUGUUUACAGAGGACUCUGCCACAGAGGACUCCAGGCAGGUGACUGCUGAUGACACCCAGGAUAACAGCGACUUGUCUCAGGUUGAUGAAACCAUGGACAGCUGCCUGAGCACCAGGGAGUCUGGCACAGAGGAUGACAGUUCUCAGCUGAAGGACUCAGUGAGUGAUGACUCACAGAAUGAUCUCUCUCAGAUGGCAGCGGACGACCACGACCUCUCGAAACCGCCCGGUAAAGGCCCUGAUGAGAGCGAGGACGAGGAGAGUAAGGAGAAGGAUGUGGACGAUGGGCGUGAUGCUCCAGAUUGUGCUGGCGUUCCCGCUGCUGCUGCGGUCAAGGCUGGCACGGCUGGCACCCCAGUGAGCGCUGAUGAGGGCUGGCAGGAAACGGUAGCGGCGGCGGCGACAGACCCCAGCCCUGCAGAGCAAGCGGCCAAACCGCUGCCCCUGUCCACCUCAGCUGUCACCGUGGCAACAACACCCCCUCCACAGAAGCCUGCUGCAAAGAGGGCCAGAGCCCAAGCCACUGCAAAGCAGGGUACUCAAGCUUCCCGGGCCGCUCAAAAGAAGACUCCUGCAAAGGCCCCAAAAGAAGAGAAGGAGAAGCGGAAGAGGAAGAAGAACGAGGAUAAAGAACCUCCCGGAACAAGGAAGAAACGCAAGCUCUCCAAAGACGAUGCAUCUGACUCAGCCAUUGCAGACACCAUACUCGCUGUAAGCACUGCUGGCGCUGGUAAAACCGCUGCUGACCAGAGCCUGGUGACCAGUCAGACCACUCCGGCCAAGCCCAAGAAGAUCAGGAAGCCCAAGGGGGCUGCACCGGCUGCUGGCACCGGAGCGACAACCUCUCCUAAGACUGAGGGAGACCACAGCCUGGAGUCUGGUCAGACUCCGCCAGCCAAGCCCAAGAAGAUCAGGAAACCCAGACAGCCGAAGGUGAAGGAUGGAGCUGCAAAACCAACCAAAGCAGCCAAAACACCCAAGGCAGCCAAAACAGCCAAGGCAGCCAAGGCAGAGCCAAAGGAGACCCCUAAAGCUGAUCAAGACAACGAAGAUGAAGAUGAGGGCUCCACAACAGGAGAAACUCAAAAGAGGAGAAUUGCCACAGAGGAGCAGGUUCACUUCCCUCUUCUGCAUGGGUGGAAGAGGGAGGUGCGUGUCAAGAAGCAUGAAGACCGGCUGAAGGGAGAGACCUGGUACUACAGUCCUUGUGGGAGGAGGAUGAAGCAAUUCCCUGAAAUCAUCAAGUACCUGCGGAGGCAUGAGUGUGGGGCUGUGACCAGAGAGCACUUCAGCUUCAGCCCACGCAUGCCUGUGGGAGACUUCUAUGAGGAACGCGAAAGCCCAGAGGGAAUGAAGUGGUUCCUACUUGCCAAUGAAGAAGUGCCCUCCAUUAUCAUGGCCAUCACUGGCAGGCGUGGUCGCCCACCCAACCCAGACAAGGAGAAACCCCGUGCCCGGGUCAGGCGGCCCAAGGGCACCCCUGGUCGCCGGCCUGGCAGACCACCCAAGACCAACGCGGUGGAUCUGCUGAGCAAAGUGGACGCCAGGAUGCUGAAGAGACUGCAAGCGAAGGAAGUACUUACUGAUGAGGACAAGGAGAAAAUGGGCAAGAUCAAGAAGAAAAUGAAGAGAAAGGCGAGACUCAAGCGCAAGGAAGAUACCAAGAACAAGAUUAUCAGACAGGAGAAGCGAAAAGCUAAGCUGGAGAAAGCCAAGGAGGCCAAUGACCAGCAACAAGACGAGGGGAAACCAGCCCAGCCCGGGCAGCCCCAGUCCCAGGUCCCCUCUGACCAGCAGACCCCUCAGCCCGCCACGGAACCCAAGAAGCCCGGACGCAAGAAGCGCGUGCAGACGCCCGAGGAGAUGGAGAAAGCCGGGCAGGUGAAGAGGGUGGCGGGGGCACGGAGCCAGGCCAAGGCGCUGGCCAAAGCCCAGGCCGAGGCAGAGGCCAAGGCCCAGGCAGCACUGACGGCCAAGAAGCAGGCGGAAAGGCGGGCGCAGGCCCAGAGGCGGCUGGAGGAGAGGAAGAAGCAGCAGCAGAUCCUGGAGGAAAUGAAAAAGCCCACCGAGGACAUGUGCAUCAACGACCACCAGCCUCUCCCCGAGCUGUCUCGCAUCCCUGGAGUGGUGCUGUCGGGCCGGGCCUUCUCCCAUUGCCUGGAGGUGGUGGAGUUCCUGCACAGCUACGGGAAAGUGCUGGGCUUGCAGAUCCCCAAGGACGUGCCCAGCCUCAGCACCCUGCAGGAGGGGCUCCUGGGCGUGGGGGAGAGCCAGAACGAGGUCAUGGACCUGCUCAUCAAGUUGGUGGAGGCUGCGCUGCAUGACCCAGGCCUGCCGUCCUAUUAUCAGUCGGUGAAGAUCCUGGGAGAGAAGCUGGUGGAUCUCGAGCUGAGCCACAGGACCGUGUCCGAGUGUCUGCGUAUCUUUCUGGAAUCCCACGGCUUCGAGGUGGACGUGUGCAACACCCUCCGCACCAAGACCUUCCAGGCUCUCAAACCAGAUGUGAAGGCCUCCAUCCUGGCUUUCCUGGUGGAGGAGCUGAACGCCAGCAACACAGUUACCAGGGAUAUUGACAACACACUGGAGAAUAUGUCUACCUACAGGAAAAACAAAUGGAUCAUUGAGGGCAAACUGCGCAAAUUGAAAGCGGCGUUGGUGCGCCGGACAGGACGCUCUGAGGAGGAGCUGUGCCUGGAGGACCGGAGGAGGAGCACACGAGCGGGGAUGGCUGAGGAGGAGAGCCUGGAGGAGACCACCAUGCUGGACAGGAGCAGCCGGCGCGGACGAGGAGUGCGAGAGGAGCCCAAACUCACUGAGGCUGAAAGCCCAACCAACGCCAGCAUCCCAGAACUGGAGAGACAGAUAGAUAAGCUAGCCAAGCGUCAGGUGUUUUUCCGUAAGAAGCUGCAGCAGGCCUCUCACUCCCUGCGGGCGGUGUCCCUGGGCCAGGACCGCUACCGGCGCCGGUACUGGUUAAUGCCACACAUGGGGGCUAUACUGGUGGAGGGACCAGAGGAGGUCUUGGACUCCGGUGAUAUCCUGUUGACGGAUGAGCCCAUGGUCUAUCCGAAGAAGGAGGUGAAGGUGGAGGUGGAGGUCAAAUCUGAGGAGCCUCUCUCACCCAUCAACCCCGCAGCCACUGCGGCCACCCCACGCUCCUGCUCCCCCCGCGCCUCCGGCAGCAGCGGCGGGGGCGGACCCCUCACAGAAGUGGAUCCUCUCCCCGGUGAGGCAUCCCUCAUGAGCAGCAGCAGCCCGCGGGGCCGAGGCCGUCCGCGCAAUAUCAAGCCAGAGGUGGAGCUCCACCUGCGCACCGCCAAGAAUCGCAGGCGACGCCGCAGCAGCAAGUCGGGCGGCGAGGAGCCCUCAGGAGACGCGACGGCCAAGCUGGGCACGCAGGACCUCACCCAGGCCGCGUUCACCGCUUGGCUCAACCAGGCCCAGGUCGAUGGCGCCCAGGACCCAGCCACCGCCGCAGCCGUCCUGGCAGCGGUAGCUGCAGGAGGCAAGGCCCCAGAAGACGGCAGCCUGUCGGAGGAAGCCAUAAAGGAGCUGGCAGAGAAGCAGGCGCAGUGGUUCCACCUGCUGCCCAAGAAGCCCUGCGACGCCUCAGGUCUGUCUGAGCCCGGCCUACCCUCUCCCAAUGCCAUCUCGUCCUUGAAGGAGUCACCCACCUCCCCGAUAAAGGGCGCUCCCCCCAGCACCCCCUCUCUACAGGCUGCUCUCACCGCCCUCACACAGACUCCGUUACAGAUUCCCAUACAGCCUGGAGCCCUGCCUCCAGGUGUGGCUACGCUUCUCCCACUGUUGCCAGGUUCUGUCCCCGUCCCCCCAGCAUGCUCCACACCAGUGCAGAAGCCAACCAGGCGGAGGAGGAGAGGCAGCAGUCCAGCCCGCCGGCCGUACUCCCGCCCAAGUACGGGAAAGCGCCGUGGCAGACCCCCCUCCACGCUCUUCCAGGAGAUCGAGCAGAAGUACCUCACUCAGCUCGUGGUCAAACCAAUCCCUAAAGAGAUGGUUCGAGGCUGGUGGUGGGUGAAGCAGCCAGAGGAGCUUACUGCCAUCCUGCAGGCCCUACAUCCUCGUGGUGUCCGGGAGAAGGUGCUGCACAAACACCUCACCAAACACCUGGAGUUCCUGUCUGAGGUCUGCUCAAGGCCCAGCAGUGACCCUGUCUUCAAGCGUGAGCUGGAAAAGGGCAGUUCCGUGCUGGACAUUCUGACUAAGCCCUGGCCUGAGAUGCACAAAUGCUUGCAGGCUGACAUCAACGCCCUCCAGUGGGUGGAGGACCUGGAGCAGCGCGUGCUGGCAGCAGACCUCCACCUCAAGAUGGCUCCCCAGAGUGGAAAGAGCAACACAGAGGGUAACACGGAGGAGCCUGUGGCAGGAUUUCAGGCGUACACAGUCCCGGAGCCAGACUCCACCCGUGAGGACCUGGAGUUUUACGAGCACGAGGUGGACCCACGGGAUGACUGGAUCGUCAGGACAAAGCGGGAAUGGUCUGAUCUGCUGCGCGUGCCCAACAACCCAGUGGAUCUGGCCGUCCAUAGACUGGCCAACCUGGAGCGCAACAUCGAGCGCCGCUACCUGAAGGAGCCGCUGUGGAAUCUGGCCGAGGUGAUGCGCCUGGCCCCCCUCACCCCACCCCCAGGGGAGGAGGUUCCCAUGGACGUGGUCAGUUUGGAGAUGGAGAUCACCCCAAGGCUGAGGACAUGGCGACAGGGCCUUGACCGCUGCCGUAGUGCUGCCCAGCUCUCGCUGUGUGUGCUUCAGCUGGAGAGGGCCAUUGCCUGGGAGAAAUCAGUCGUCAAAGUGACGUGUCAGGUGUGUCAUAAGGGGGAUAAUGACGAGUACCUGCUGCUCUGUGACGGUUGUGACCGUGGCUGUCACAUGUUCUGCCUCAGACCCAAGGUUACAGAUGUGCCCGAUGGAGACUGGUUCUGCCCCAUAUGCGUCUCCAAGAUGGACGAGGGCGGGAUGCGGCCUCAACGCUCCGCGAGGCAGCGGGCUCGCCGGCGUAAGCGCCGUUUGGGCGCCUACGGACCCGAGAGCUCCGAGGAGGAGGAAAGCCCGCGCCGGUUGGCGGGCAUGAGCACGCGGCAAAAGGAUGGUCCCUCCUCGUCGGCCAGCAGCACAAACGGCACCUCGGGCAUCUCACCCAGCAAGCGCCGGCGCAUGACCACACGCAACCAGCCCGACCUCACCUACUGCGAGAUCAUUCUGAUGGAGAUGGAGGCACACGCAGACGCCUGGCCCUUCCAGGAGCCAGUGAACCCGCGACUGGUGCCUGGUUAUCGCCGCAUCAUCAAGAACCCAAUGGACUUCCUGACCAUGAGGGAGAGACUGCUACAGGGAGGGUACUGCAGUGUGGAGGAGUUUGCUGCUGAUGCCCAUCUGGUGUUCAACAACUGUGAGCUCUUCAACGAGGACACUUCAGAUGUGGGCAAAGCCGGACACGCCAUGAGACUCUUCUUCGAGAGCCGCUGGUCAGAGUUCUACCAGACCAAGGACAAAGAAAAGGAUAAAUGAGAUCUCGGGAUUGGAUUUAUCCUGGGCAGGGCCUCGUUUUCACCCUUCCCACAUGUUGAUGUCGCCUACAUUUCCCAAACUUCCUCCAAGACUGCUACUGGAGCUUCCGCCCAGACCCUUGUAUACAUAUAUGUACAGAUAUAUCUACAGUUGUUCAUUAUUAUUUUUUGUUUUUGUCUUCAUUAUGUUUGCUUUCCCUCUAUCAUCACUGUUCUCAAGCAUGGGAUAUUUUAUGGCCGGCAAAACAAAGUCUAAAGUGGAAGACAUCCACCAUGAGAGGAAUAUUUCCAUUUGUUUAUUUUUUUUUCCUUUACCCGUACUCAUAACGUCCCAUUCACCACAUGUUCCCCUCACAUCGACACAUACAGGCACUCACACAAACACACACACACACACACACACACACACACACACACACACACACACACACACACACACACACACACCCCCCCACCCCACCCCUCCCUCCUCACUCACAGGGUCUGGCCUUGAACCAGAGGACCGGUUCGUUUCUGGCCUCCCCCCUGCCGGCUCUGUGAUUCCGUUGGAUCAUCUCUCCAACUUGACUCCGUGGACAGGACCCUCUGGUUCAUGCCCUCCCCUGGACCAGCGACCAGCGAGCAGAUGAGAAAGUGGCCUCCUGCUACACAGUGUCACACAGAGCACCUUCCAUGCCCUGUCACAUGACGUGGUCUCCGCAACUAGAGGCCAUUUUGUUUUGUACCCCCCUCAGUAUAUUUUAUUAUUAUAUAUUCUAUAUACAUAUAAAGAUAGCUGGGAUUAUUUAAUAGCAAUAGCUCGUAGUGACUCUGUACAGACCACACCGUAGAGAUGUAUAGGUGAUUUCAUGAAAUGGCCAGUAAAAGUGAUUUUUAAAAGGAACAUUUAUCCUUUAAAACUAUAUAUCCUGGAUCAUGCGUACCUGUAAUGCACCCCUCCCACCCCUUCCUCCACCCCUCCCUCCCCCGCUUGUUGUAGAGUGCUGUUUAUCCUCAACUGGAGGUGUUGACCUACUUCUAUUCCUCCCGCCGCCUGAAGCUUUUCCUCCCUCCUCGUAGCUGAUAAACACCUUCCUACUUUUCUGUUUUCGAAGCAAAUCAUAGUCUUUGUGGCAAUGGCCAUCACAUCAGCAGCAAGCGUGUGACCACGUGUUAGAGGAUCUUGAUGAGCAGCACUGAAGCAAAAAUGGUUGUAAUUUUUCACCCUGCGAGCUUGUGUAGCAGCUCCUAUGCCCAGCUAACCCCCCCACCUCAGCCCAAACCCCCUCUUAAGCUUUUGCCAGUUCGUUCAAUAGUCUGUCAUAAAAAGAAAUAGACUGAUUCAAUGUUGGUUAAAAAAAAAAGAAAGGUUAUGUGUAUAUACAUUUGGAAUACAGAAAGUAUAAUUAUGUGUUAGCGUUAUUCGUCCUUCAUUGGAAGUGUUUGGUUUUUAAUUAUGACAGUCGCAGUGUACUUGCUGCUUAGUUCUCAGUAAAUAAGUCCAGAACUGUUUUAAAGUUUGCUCUCUCUCUCUCACUUUAACUCUCCAGGGCCGUCAUAGACGAAAACAGCCUAAAAAAUAAACCUCAUUAGUCGUACAACUCUGGUAAAAAUUGGCUUUGAAAGUAAAUCGUAACCAGACCGCACUUGUUCAGAUGCAUGCACUGGGAACAACUGAAUAGUUGUACGUUUCUUCCACAGUGCUCGGACAAAGCUGCAUCUGGCUAUGUUGGAUCUGGUCUACGUUACCAGUCUGUGGCAAAGGCUGCAAAUCUCAUUUAUGUCACAAAACGUUGCAUAGACCACUUGAAGUGUAAUGGGACAUGGCCCAAAGGCUAUAUGAAUAACGAAAGGAAAAAGGCUGAUCACAACUAAAAGGUAAAUGUGAUGUUCUGAGAGAGUGCGCCAGUCACUUUCUGGUUUUGCUUUUGUGUUCUUAACUCUGGUAACACUCGACGCCCUGGCACUGAAGUCACUGAAUUUCCCGUGGGAUCAUGACAAACAGGACUCCAAAUAACACAAAACUGGCUUUUAUUUAAAUGUAGUUUCUUACACUGAACUCCACCUGAUCAAUAGGAAAGUGCAUAUAUGCCGUAUGUGUUCCUUGCAACAUGAAAGGGACUUUUUUUUUUCUACAAAAACGAAGAAAAAACUAAUAAAAAAAACAACCAAAAUGUGGUGUUUAGUGAAUUUUUAAUAAUGUACAGUUUUUGUGACUUUAAAUUUGUUCCUUUCUAUAUUUUUAGGACCAAUAUAUCGUUUUUAAGAGGAGGCAUUAAAUGAUCAUGUUGUUUCGAGGUGAUGUAACACGUGCAUCUGUAGAAUGUACUGUAAGCUGAAUUAAAACCACAUCUAGUAGAGAGAA